AUGAGCUACCGCGGCAUGAACUCGAACGCUGAGAUUGUGAGCAAAUCACAGGCUCUUAUGGUCAACGUAAGCGCUGCAAAAGGUCUCCAAGGUGUACUUAAAUCCAAUCUAGGACCUCGUGGAACUCUCAAGAUGCUCGUAGGUGGAGCUGGACAAAUUAAACUCACAAAAGAUGGCAAUGUAUUGCUCCAUGAGAUGCAGAUUCAACAUCCAACAGCGGCUCUAAUCGCCCGUGCGGCUACUGCACAAGACGACGUGACGGGAGAUGGAACGACGUCCACUGUUCUAUUCAUUGGGGAGCUACUGAAGCAAGCGGAACGCUUCUUGGCUGACGGUCUACACCCGCGUGUUCUGUCGGAAGGCUUUGAGCUUGCUAAAGACGAGACGUUGCGUGUGCUGGACAGCAUCAAGAUCACACGUGAGGAUAUCCUCAAAGACCGAGAACUGCUUUGUAGUGUUGCACGCACAUCGAUGCGCACAAAACUGGACCAGAAACUUGCUGAUCAACUAACUGAGAUCAUUACGGACGCUGUGCUGACGAUCGCUGUGCCGGAUCGUCCAAUUGACCUGCACAUGAUCGAGAUCAUGCACAUGAUGCAUCAGAGCAGCAAUGACACCCGUCUCGUUAAGGGGCUGGUGCUUGACCACGGAUCACGCCACCCGGAUAUGCCUACGUCACUGGAGAAUUGCUACAUUAUGACGUGCAAUGUAUCGUUGGAAUACGAAAAGAGUGAGGUAAACUCGGGCUUCUUCUAUAACAGCGCAGACCAGCGUGAAAAGAUGGUGGAAGCCGAGCGCAAGUUCACGGACGACAAGGUCCGACAGAUUAUUGAGCUGAAACGCGAGGUUUGCACCGAGGAAAACAAAAAGAGUUUUGUGAUUAUCAACCAGAAGGGUAUUGAUCCUCUGUCGUUAGACAUGCUGGCAAAAGAAGGUAUUCUGGCCCUGCGUCGCGCCAAGCGUCGUAAUAUGGAACGGAUAACGCUUGCCUGUGGUGGAAUGCCCAUCAACUCGACGGAUGACAUGGACGAAUCCAUGCUGGGUUACGCUGGCAAAGUGUACGAGCAGACUUUGGGUGAGGAGCGCUACACGUUUGUAGAGGAUGUUCAGCAUCCGAAGUCUUGCACGAUCCUGAUCAAGGGUCCGAACGAGCACACAAUUGCGCAGAUCAAAGAUGCGAUCCGCGAUGGUGUUCGCGCUGUAAACAAUGCCAUUGAAGACAAGGGUGUCGUUCCGGGCGCUGCUGCCUUUGAGCUGUCUGCCCACGAGGCCCUUAACAAGUUUAAGGGCACGGUGAAGGGCCGUGCGAAGCUUGGCGUGCAGGCUUUUUCGGACGCUCUGCUCAUCAUCCCCAAGGUAUUGGCUGAGAACUCGGGUCUCGACGUGCAGGACACUCUGAUCGCUGUUCAGGAGGAGCACCAGAACUCGGGUAUGCCUGUGGGUAUCGACCUCUUCUCGGGCGAGCCGAUGCUGCCGGAACAGGAAGGUAUUUGGGACAACUACCGAGUGAAACGUCAAUUCAUUCACCUCGCUACGACACUGGCUUCGCAGCUACUGCUUGUUGACGAAGUGAUGCGUGCUGGCAAGCAGAUGGGUGGGGGUGGUGGUAUGCAGCCUGAGCAGUAA